AUGCCUUCCCUAAAGCAACUCUUCGUUCUUGCGGCCCCUUUCAUGGGCCUCAUUCAACAGGUCGCUGCCAAUCCUGACAUUGAUGAGAGCAACGACCUCAUUGCCCGGGAUGAUUUUGACAGUGACCUUUAUGUCCGAGGUGCUGGGAACGGCGUGAUCAAACGCCCUGGACCUGGCCCCAGGCCACCAACUAUAGUUGUAACUCCUCCCCAGCGACGACCACGAUCUCUGGACCUUCGUGGCGCUGGUAACGGUGUUAUCAAGCGUCCUGGUCCUGGUCCUAGGCCACCAACCAUCGUCGUUACUCCUCCCCAGCGACGGCCACGAUCUCUGGGCCGCCGAGGCGCUGGUAACGGCGUCAUUAAGCGUCCUGGUCCUGGCCCUAGACCUCCAACUAUCGUUGUUACUCCUCCCCAGCGACGACCCGGGCAUCGAUGA